AUGCAUUCGAUCAAGUCAAAGCUACUAGGCAAGGGAGAGAAAUUGAGUCGGGGCCCAUCAAACACGUCAGGCGCCUCGAACACGUCUAUAUCUUCAUCGGCAUCAGCAGAGUAUAGCGAGAAUGUCGAGGACAUUGACGAAGUUGAUGAUCAGGGACAAUCCAUUUUGAUGGGAAUUAUAUCUCAAUUGAGACCGGGAUGUGAUUUAUCUAGAAUCACGUUGCCUACCUUCAUUUUAGAAAGAAAGUCCAUGUUAGAGAGAAUCACCAAUCAAUUACAGCAGCCUGAUAUUCUCUUGGAGGCGUCUAAAACAAAGGAUGACGUUCAAAGGUUUUUGUUAGUACUUAAAUGGUACAUGUCUUGCUGGCACAUUGCUCCAAAGGCGGUCAAGAAACCAUUGAACCCAAUAUUGGGCGAGUUUUUCACCUGUUACUGGGAUUUACCUGAUGGAACUCAAGCUUUCUAUGUUGCAGAACAAACAUCACAUCAUCCUCCUAAAUCUUCGUAUUUUUAUGCGAUUCCAGAGCAUGGUAUUAGAAUUGAUGGUUUAGUGGCACCCAAAUCCAGGUUUUUAGGUAAUUCGACUGCUGCAAUGAUGGAAGGAUUGACUAAAUUGACCUUUUUGGAUAUCAUCGAUGAAAAGACAGGCAAGCCUGAGGUUUACACCCUAUCUCAGCCAAAUAUGUAUGCAAGGGGAAUUUUAUUUGGGGGGCUAAAGUUUGAAUUAGGUGAUCAUUUGAACAUCAAUGUUUCUUCAAGUGGGUUAACUGCCGAUAUUGAAUUCAAGACUAAAGGUUUUAUUUCUGGUACUUAUAAUGCGAUCUCCGGAUUUGUCGAUUUGGAUGGUAAUCAUCUUUAUGAAAUUGCUGGUAAAUGGAAUGAAGUUAUGACUCUCAAAGAUUUGAAAACUAAGAAAACGAGUACGUUUUUUGACUGUUCAAAGGCUACACCUCUACCUCCAAAAGUUAGGGAUAUCUCCGAACAGGCGGAUUUCGAGAGUAGAAAACUGUGGGUUGAAGUUACAGAUGCCUUAGCUGAAAGAGACCACAAGGUCGCUACUGAUGCCAAAUUUGAGAUUGAAGAACAGCAAAGAGAAGCAGCAAAGAAGAGAGCCGAAGACGGCGUGGAAUUCUAUCCUAAGCUGUUCAGGCAAUUAUCUAUUGAAGAGUCUGCCUUAUUUGGCAACGAACAUCUUGAGUUUGUUUUUUACAAGGAUCACGCCUUGACCCAUGAUGCAGAAAACAGAAACCCUGAAAGAAUGAAGGAACAUAUCUUUGAAGCAGUCCCAUUCUUGCCUGGUCAAGCUUUUUCAAAACAAUUCGAAAUACCGGCAUUUGAGAAAUUGAAGAAUAAUGGAGAAUAA